AUGGUAGAAGACCUCCAGAGUGUUUCCCCGACCCGGAAGGAUGCCCGUCCCACACACGAUGCACUCCCUCCAUCUCUCACCCUCCUCCGGGAAGACGCACUCCCGCAGGACCUAAUUCUUGUCCCCGCAGACGCACUCCAGCACGACCUAGUUCUCAGACCGGGACGGUACUCGGACCCAUCCUCUGCCUCUCGGCGGCGGAGCCUCCGCUCCAGUCUGGGCGAGGUCCUGGGAGGGAUGAGCCGAUUAAUUGACGUCCUGAAACAGAUUUUGAAGAUGGAAAAACCCUCUGUUCCAGCUAGCACUGCAGCAGUGAAUGAGGGGGACUCCCCCACGGUGGACUUGAAAUACUCCAGCUUUAGAGAUAUUUGUCUCACACCUUCACUGCAAGAUAGUGGCUACAAUGAGUUAUUACAAAUUUUCAGAUUUGAUAAUACAGGUAAAGAAAUUUUUGGAAAGAAAGAAGAAGGUCCAACAUUAGUCCAUGAACAUCCUGAAACUUCAAGCCUGGACUUAAUGCAUCCUGUAGAAUCUCCCUCUCAAAAAAAGAGGUUUAUCUUUCCUUGGAAGGAAAAGGAGAAAUCUCCAGAACUUUGUGAGACUCCUAAAGUUAGUGGGAAAAAAUGUUUACUACGCAGAAGGUUAAAUCGAUCUUUUGCCCUUCUACAGGGGGACGUUGAAUCACAAAAUACUUCUAUAGAAAGUAGUGAAAGCCAAGUUCUCAGUGUAGAAAAAAGAAUUCCAAGCAGUGCCUCAAGGUCUCCAAGGCAAAAUAAUUUUAGUCCUUUAGUUACCAGCACUUUAAGAACAGAAGAAGCUACUUCCAGCAGUCAAAAAUUGAGACUUAAUUUUUCACAACAGAAGACUUCCACAAUUGAUGAUUCCAAAGAUGAUUGUAGCUUAUUUGAAGUUGAAUGUAUCUCUCCAAUUCAGGGCAGUACUUCUAAAGACUCUAUCACACAUGCCUUCAGUGAUAGCAGUUUAAGUCUUAAUGAUGAGAACACAUAUCCUGAACUUCUGGGCUCCUCUGUUAGCAGAAAAACUCAUGGAACAGAUGAAGACGUAUUUGUAACUCCAAUAAGUCAUCUUGUUGAAAACAUUAAAUUUAACACACGUCAAACACCACCUCCUCCAACUGAAGUGAGAGGCAAUGCUUCAACACCUGAAGACAGUGGUUUUAAUUCACUGAGUCUGGAUAAAUCAGAAGAUUCUGCCUCUGACCAGGAGGGUUCUUUUCAAGAACUACUUCAGAAACAUAAGGGAGCUCUCAGAGCGGGGGACUCCAUAGGAAAGUCAAGGCGUCUUGUCAGAUUGAGAAGACUGUCCACCCUUAGGGAGCAGGGCUCACAGUCAGAGACAGAAGAAGAAAAGCAGAUUGCCCACUCCAGCUCUGAAACUACACCAGCAGCUGCUGCCGACCUCUCGGAGAGUAGAGACUGGAUUUUAAGUGUUAAGAAUGUAUCAAACACGCCAGCUUUGCAGCUAGUACAGGAAUUGUUCAUGAACAGCAAAAGGAAAAGAUACCAGCAAAAUAGUACACACAAAUUCUUAGAAGAAAGAGAUGAGGGGAACAUAGCUGCACUGCAGUGUGUCCUUGCAGGGCUGAUUGGCAAGAAAAUGGGUCUAGAAAAACUGGACAUCUUAACGGAACUAAAGCAUAGAAACUUAAAGCAUAUUCUUGCUGUGGUGCUAGAGUCCCUGGCUGCAGAAAGCCUGUGCAGUGGAUAUUAUGUGCUACUAACUGUGCUCAUUGCUGAAAUCACAAUGACAGACAUUUCUGGCAAGUUCCCCUGCUCUCCUGGAGCUCAGAGAAUUGUGGGCCAUAACAAUGUUUUUGAAUAUUUCUUUGACUUUGAAGUGGGGCCUAUAUUAAAUGUUGAGGACGCUGCAACUCGGCUUCACCUUUUAAAUCGAUCAGCUUUAAGAUCUGUGCAGGCAUUAGCUAGGACACCAGGUCUUCAGAAAGAACAAGUUCCAACAUUAUCUCCUUGGGGAGAAGUUUUGACACCAAUAACAAGCUCUUCUCUUACUCCCUUAAGUCGUAAGCAGGAAGAAUAUGUUAAGGUUGCCAAAACCCUUUUUAUUGAUGAAGCGUUGAAGCCUUGCCCACGGUGCCAAUCUCCUGCUAAGUACCAGCCAUAUAAGAAAAGGGGACUGUGUAGCCGCACAGCCUGUGGUUUUGACUUUUGUGUGUCAUGUUUGUGUGCUUAUCAUGGGUCUGAAGACUGUGGUAGAAGAGCAUCAGUGCCAAGGAACAGGAAAGGCACUCUGCCAGGAAGUGUUCAGAGCAAGCGGAAUUUAAAACGCCUCUAA